AUAAAUAUGGGCGAUAGAGCCUUUCAUUUUCCACACACACAACUUCACGUGUCCUCUCCCUCUCUACCAUCUUCUCUUCUUGCAUCAAAUUCUAUAUUAUCUUAUCCAUAUAUACCUCCAUUAAUUUUACUACAAUUAUCACACUUGAAAUGGAUAGAGCAAAUAAGCAAGUGGGAUCUUCUUCGUCGUCGCCGCCGCCGUCGUUCGCCGUAGAUCUCUUCGGUCCUAAGGACUCAUCCUCGAACUCUCCGAACUCCACCGCAGGUUACUUUGGAUCAAUCUUUGGGCCACAAACAUCCAUGGUUCCUGGAAGAGAUCCCUCUCCCAAAGACUAUGCAUAUGCUUAUGGAAAUGCCAAACAAGAAACAGCUACAGAUUAUAAGAAUGUGAAAGGAAAUCCAGUUAAGAAAGGUGUGAAUUCGAGUUAUGAUGAGAAUGGAAGGUCAAUUGAACCCUGCUACUAUAAUUCUUCCAUAUAUUAUGGUGGCCAAGAAAUUUAUUCUCCCACAUCUCAGAAUAAUCCUCCACAAAAUUUCAAGAAAGAUGGAGGAAAUGCUGAGCAAAAUGAAAGCAAUUCUAGUUGUGCUCCAAGAGGAAAUUGGUGGCAAGGAUCUCUAUACUAUUGAGGAUCUAAAAUAGGAAUUACUAAAAAAGAGAAAGGAACCACAAGCAUUGUGCAGAGGGGGCAUAGAGAAUUAGAGCAGAUUAAAUAAUUAAUAUAUAUUAUAAUUAAUCAUUGUAACAUUCUAUUCCCUUUUUAGUUAAAUUGCACUGUAUAAGUAUAUAUGUACCUGGUUUAUAUACUAAUAUGAAAAUAUCCGCGGUUUUUU